GAGGAAUGAAGUUGCAUUCACACAGGGGGUUGAUCGAUCAUCCCCUACAGCGUGUGCGCAUCGCAGAUGGCGACCGUCGCGACUCUCUCGACUCCCUUUGAUAAUAUGUAUAAGAAUUGUGAGCAGCAAUAUAUGGAAUACAGAAAGCGGUUUGCGUCCGUAUCAAAAAGUUCAAUUUUUCCGCGAAUGCGGUCAUAAAAUUAUCAUUAAAGUUCAUUCAUUAAUUUUUUUAUAAUUCCCAGGUAUUAUUUGUAAAAAAAAGAAAAAUGGAGGAAAUCAUUUGAUUUCCUCGAUAAUGCGGUCGAGUGAUAUAACAUGAAAAUUUUUUCAUUUACGGCUCAAUCACGAUAAAAUAAAUUCAAACGAGGCAAAUGAAUGAAUUCCAAUUGGACAAUAUGAAGCAAUGCUGUCCUACUGACAUCGGUGAAAAAAAUACCGGUGUACUAUCCCAAAUUUGGGAUCCACUCAUCCCUCAAAUUUUCCUAAUUAUGGAUCUUUUAACAUUGGACUUGGGAUUAAUUUAGAAAUGGGUUCUCGAAAAUCCGGAAGUGGAGGAGGACGUGGCAAUGCAGGAAUUCUCAAGGAUCGGGCAAAUAUGUCCUUUAUGCUUGUGGUCAUGUUUUUUGCUGUCUUCGGACUUAUAGUUUUCACAGAAAUAUUUCUCAUUGACGAAAGACAUGGGACCAAUGCGGCAAAUAGUGGAGCAAUUGCACACCGAAAUGGCCAUCGAUUAGCAGCGGCACCAGAUCGUCCAGAUUACGAAGAAGUUGGAGCCGAAGAUUAUAAGGGUAGCUUCGAUGAUCACGUUGGCUUGUUAGUCCACAAGAUUUCACCAGAUCCACGAGCUUUGCCCAGCUUACCCCCCAGCUUAGAAGCUCGUCUCCCUCAGCUCGAUCAAAAGCUUCGAGUCACGCAUGCUGAAUGGCUUGCAGUUACUAACACCAGAUUUAAAUUUUUCAUCUAUUCGGCCUAUUUUGACGACAGAAUAGUGGGUGGAUCGGCAAAUCGAAAAAGUCCAGGAUUAAUUCGUGUAAUUGGUGCAACAAAAACAAAAAGUCCUGAACGAGUUUGGUGUCGUCUUUGGUAUCAAGAUCAAAAUGCAAAUCUCACUUCUUCCAUCACAGUACCUGCCAAAGUGAAGGUGAUUAGAGAAAAUUGGAAUUUGAAAUAUAGUGCUUGCUUUGUAAUAUGUCCAAUUCCAAAAGAUUCUCCAACGAAUGAAAAAAUACCAGAGACAGUCAGUAUUGUUGCCAAACUUCGAGCAUCUCCUUCAAAUCGUAUUUUAGUGCAAAAUCGACCAUUCGCAAGAUCUGUGAAUAAAAAUAAUCUUGCUAUUUGCGUCAAGCCAUUACACUACGAUUAUAAUAGGGUUUUGCAAUUAGUGGAGUUUAUUGAACUGUACAGACUCUUAGGUGCCACUCAUGUCACUCUUUACAAUGAUACGGUUGGUCCUGAUGCUGGCUGUGUAUUGAGAUAUUACGAGCGAAAGGGUUACGUUACACUUCUCCCUUGGCAUCAUCUCGAUAUGAUUUCACAGAGGGAAAUUCGUACCGAAGGAUUAUUUGCUGCAUUAAAUGACUGCCUAUAUCGAUCGAUGUAUAAUUUUGAAUAUGUCGCAUUGGUGGAUUUGGAUGAAUUCAUAAUUCCCCGACAUGAUAAUACAAUAAUUGAGCUUAUACGAUGGAUGGGUACACGAAUCAGCACAAAAUCAACAGGAGCAUUUUCAUUUCAAAAUGCAUUUUUUUAUCUUCAAUGGGCCGAUGAUCCGUAUAUUGGAACAAGUCGAAAUCCCACUGAGAAAAAUCUCAUAACAUUGAGAAAAACGAGACGUCGAUCAAAACUUCAUCCACAUAAGCAACGAUCGAAAUAUGUUUGUAAACCAAAAGAAGUUGUUGAAGCGGGAAAUCAUUUUGUCUGGGAAUUUAUACCAGGUCAUGGUACAGUGAAUGUCCCACCGGAUGCUGCAAUUUUGCAACAUUAUCGAGUUUGUGAAUUUGGUGGCGAUGAUUGUGUUAAAACACAAUCAGUUGUUGAUAAAACGGCCUAUAAAUAUAUUGAGAAAUUAACAAAAAAUGUACAUAGAACGUUUAAAGAAUUAAGUAGCGAAUGUUCAAUACCAGAACUUAAAAUAACAUUAAAUAUUUCAAAAAAAAAUAAUUCUAAUAUUUUCAUGAAAAAAUCUAAUUUCAAUUACAAUAGUAAAAAUAUGAACAACAAUUAUAAUAAUAAUAAUAAUAGAAAUAAAAAAAAGAAUAUUGUAGACGAUGAUGAUGAUAAUGAUAAUAAUAGAAUAGAGAAUGAUAGAAAAAUUCUUUUACAAAAAUUAGCAAAAACAAUUGAUAAAGAUCAUUAUAAAAAUAAUAUUAAUGAUGAUGAUAAAUUUUAUAAUAAUAUUUUAAUUGUAAUUAUUAUUGUCAUCGCAGUUGUCAUCAAAUUAAAAUGGAUUUUGAAUUAUUUAAAAUGGUGCUAAUACAAUUUUUUUUUUUUUUAUCAAUUAGGAUUUUUAAAUUUUAUCACAUUGAUAGAAAUUUUAUUAUUAAAUAUCCAAUCCACAUAAAAAAUAAUGUUUAUAUUUCAUCAAUUUUUUAUAAAUUUAUUUCUAGUCUUUCCAUAUAAAAAUACUCUAUUAAAAACAACAAGAGUAAAAUUUCGAUGUAAUUUUCCGAAAGAAAUUUUUUGAAAAUAACUCGUAAAACACAAAAAAAAAAAAAAAAAAAUUGAGACUAUUUUUAUACAAAAAGCGGAUUCUGGGACGAAAUAUUCAAGUUCCAAAUAAAGCUGUUACACUUUUCACUGUGGUGCUUCUUUAAGAUUUUUAUAAGAAAAAAAUAAAAUAAUUUCUCCCAGUUGUUUUUUUUUUUUGAGAAUAUUAAAUAUUCUGAGAGAGAUUACUAUACACAUAUAUAUGUAUAGGGCCUAUGGCCUAAAAUUUGGUCUAUAUAUGGUGCAUUUUGUAAAAAAAAAGAAUUUGUAAAAUAAUUAUUAUCUGUCAACAUUAUGCAUAUCCAUAGGGUUUUUUUUAAGCGUAGUAUAUUCACAGAAAAAAUUAUAUUCUUAUUUUGAGAAUAAAUUUUUUUCAGUGUUUAUGUGUAAAUAUAUAUAUGUAUAAAUUUAGACUUAACAAAACUGUAAUUUAAUUAGUUUUUAAGAAAAUUUAGAUCCGCUUUAAAAAUUGUGAAAAACUUUUUAAAAAUACUAUAAUUGUAUGUAAAUUGUAGAAUAAUUUAAUGCCUAAAAAGCAAUCACAUUUUUCUAAUUGGUCAACUAAAAAAAAAAUUCAUGUCAUAUUUAUUCGCUAAUUUUUUUG